GCCCCUUUGAAGCAACACCCUCUUCACAACUUCCCCACAUAGAUUUAUUUUUUCUCACAGUUACAGACAGAGCAUUGUAGAUAUGUCCAAUGUUGGAUAUCCCUCUGUGUGUGUGGUGGACACCCACACCACCCGGCCCGCGGUGCCACCCAGGAUGACCCAGGAGAAACGGCGUGCUGGGCCGGCCCAGAUCCUGCUGUUCCUGCUGGUGACCGUGGCGUUGUGCGGCUUGGUCAUAGAAGCCUGCUUCAUCUACCGUCUCUACCAGCCAGAAGCUGCCACCUCGGCAUCGUUCUCUAAGCUCAGCUCAGGUCAAGGCAUUACUCCUACCCCUAAAACUCGCAGUCUUGUUGUUCUUCCUUCCAAACCGGUUGCACAUCUGACAGAUGGACAAGAUGUAGUUCACGGAAAACAAAUCAUGGCUUGGAGCAUGAAUGCCGACCCUCUCCUCCAUGAAAUGGACUACAAAGACAAUAGUCUUGUUAUUCUGAAGGAGGGUUAUUACUAUGUGUAUUCCAAGGUUUCCUUCAUAGAGAAUAAAGUAUUUAACCACUCUAUUAAACGGAACACCGAUCGGUACUUUGGGAAUAGUAUUCCCCUCCUGAUGUCCAGAACAUUUUCAAAGAGGCCCAACCAAAUGCGAUUAAACAGUUACUUGGCUGGAGUGUUUCACCUCACAAAGGGCGACGCCAUUUUUGUGGAAGUGAGCAACACCUCACACAUUGCCCGUUUCAAAUCCUAUGAGAACAUCUUCGGAGCAUAUAUGAUAUGAAUAUCACAUUGAUAUUUCACCAUGAGUCCGAAAGUUUCGAAUAACAGUAAAUAAAAGUUACCAACAAAUGUUAUGAUUCUCUUUAUAAAGAAAAAAGAACGUCCAUAACCGGAAAGACAUGCAGGUGUGAAAACGGUCGGGACAAUGCUGGGGGCUUUCUUAUUAGGGGGGUUUUUAAAGUAUGUUUUGCAGCUUACAAAACCUUUACAUAUCAGGGAUUUUUUAUAUACUUACUUUGUACUUAAAUCGUUAUUGAUUUUUCAAAAAACCUUCGUGGAUCGUUCAAUCUGUUGCUGAUUAUAAACAUGUCAUUUUCAUGCUAAAAUUUAAAACUGUCUACUUAUACAUUUCUUUUCAUUCUUGCUGUAACACAUAAUGCACUAUAUUUAUUGAUUUCUUCAGUAGUAGAAUACAUUUUAAAACCAUUUAUUUCUGCCCUAUUUAUGUACAAUAAUGUUUACAAAAUACU